UUCCCAGUCCUCGAAAUAGAAGCAAAACAGGAACGACAAGAAAAACGUCCAAUUGGAAACUCGUAGCACACGCUCAUUCAUUGAAAAUCGAAAAGAAUCAAUAGUCAUGGCGACCGAGCAGCAGGGAAAAGUCGUCAUCUUGACUGGUGCAUCUAGAGGAAUCGGCCUCGCAACCGCGCACGCCAUCCUCUCCUCCCCCAACCACAAGCUCGUCGCCGUCUCUCGCACGCGCUCGGCCCUCGAGAGCCUGCAAUCGCAGUACCCGUCGCGCGUCGAGAUCCUCGCGGGCGACAUCUCGGACCUGACGCUGGGCGCCCGCGCCGUCGACCUCGCAGUCUCGCGCUUCGGCCGCCUCGACGCCGUCAUCGUCAACCACGGCACGCUCGAGCCCGUCAGGAAGGUCGCUGACAUCUCUGCUGAGGAGUGGCGGGCCUCUUUCGACGUUAAUGUCUUCGGCGGUUUGGCUGUGAUCCAACCCGCCAUCCCACACCUCCGCACCACAAACGGCACGCUCAUCUUGAUCUCCUCCGGCGCCGCGACCUCCGCCUACCAAGCCUGGGGCCCGUACGGCGCCUCCAAAGCCGUCCUCAACCACCUGGCGGCCACCCUCGCCGUCGAGGAGCCCUCCAUCGCGACGGUGUCGAUCCAGCCGGGCGUCGUCGACACCGCGAUGCAGGACGACAUCCGCGGCGUGCACGUUGCGCACAUGAGCGAGAAGGACCAGCAGAAGUUCCAGGGGCUCAAGGCGGAUGGGAACCUGCUGAGGCCUGAGCAGCCGGGCGGUGUGGUGGCGAGGUUCGCGGUUAGUGAUGAUGGGGCGGCGAAGAGGGAGCUUAGUGGGAGGUUUUUGAGGUGGAUUGCGGAGGAGUUGAAGGCCUACCAGGAGUAGAGUCAAACUCUAGUCUGCUGUUCAGGGUCAUUCCCACUGCUGAGCGAAUGGAUGAACGUGGUCACGAAAAUAGAGGAAAGAGACAAGAAGAUAGAGAAUGAAAUUAUAGAUUCACGAUCCUUGAUAUCUG